GACUGCCAUCACUUUGCCUUGGCCGGUUCCCAACUGUCACUGCAAGAGAAUCUGCCGGAGUGCCUCGUCUCUGAAACCAACCAUCCCACCGUUUAGGACCAAACCUUUGGUUGGGCAACUGUCCUGUCCAGAAAGUCAAGGAAGGAGGAAAGAAUGGCUGAGCUGAAGUACAUGUCAGGAUUUGGGAACGAGCACUGCUCCGAAGAUCCCCGCUGCCCCGGAGCCUUACCACAAGGACAGAAUAAUCCCCAGGUCUGCCCGUAUGGUUUGUAUGCUGAGCAGCUCUCAGGCUCUGCAUUUACCUGCCCACGAUCUUCCAACAGGAGAAGUUGGCUGUAUAGGAUCCUUCCCUCAGUUUGCCACAAGCCCUUUCAGCCACUGGGUCAGGGCCACCUGACGCAUAACUGGGAUGAAGCAGAGCCGGAACCCAACCAGCUCAGAUGGAAACCUUUUGAGAUACCUACAGCAUCACAGAGAAAGCUGGACUUUGUGACAGGGCUACACACUUUGUGUGGGGCUGGAGAGCCCAGGUCUAGGAACGGGCUGGCAAUCCACGUCUUCAUUUGUAACACUUCCAUGGUCAACAGAUGCUUCUACAAUGCAGAUGGGGACUUUCUGAUUGUACCACAGCAAGGGAAGCUGCUUGUCACUACAGAGUUCGGCAAACUACUGGUGGAGCCCAAUGAGAUCUGUGUCAUUCAGCAAGGGAUGCGCUUCAGUAUGGAAGUGUUUGGGGAAACUCGGGGUUACGUCCUGGAAAUCUAUGGAGGACAUUUUGAGCUGCCUGACCUUGGACCAAUUGGAGCUAAUGGUUUGGCCAACCCACGAGAUUUCCUUGUGCCAGUUGCCUGGUAUGAAGACCGCCAAGCCAGCGAAGGGUACACCAUUAUCAGCAAGUACCAGGGGAAGCUCUUUGCAGCACAGCAGACAAGUUCUCCAUUCAAUGUUGUGGCCUGGCAUGGGAACUACACACCAUACAAGUAUGAUCUCAGCAAUUUCAUGGUCAUCAAUACUACAUCUUUUGACCACGCGGAUCCUUCUAUCUUCACGGUCUUGACGGCAAAGUCAACUCGUCCUGGAGUGGCUAUCGCUGAUUUUGUUAUCUUUCCACCGCGCUGGGGAGUGGCCACCAACACUUUCCGUCCACCUUAUUACCAUCGGAACUGCAUGAGUGAGUUUAUGGGCCUGAUCAAAGGAAGUUAUGAGGCAAAGGAACAAGGAUUUCUACCUGGAGGGGCCACAUUGCACAGUAUGAUGACACCCCAUGGACCGGAUGCUGAGUGUUUUGAGAAAGCAAGUACAAGGAAACUGGAGCCUGAGAGAGUUGCCGAAGGAACAAUGGCCUUCAUGUUUGAGUCUUCCUUGAGCAUGGCUGUCACCAAAUGGGGUCUGAAAACCUGCCUGGAUAAGACAUACUACAAGUGUUGGGAACCUCUCAAGAGCCACUUUAAUCCCAAGCACAAGUGAAAUGACCGGAGAUGCAUGUACCAAUUUGUUGCUUGCACAGCCUAAAGGAUUCCCAGGGAAACAGUGACUUGCCCUCUUCUAACGGCAGAAAUCCAAUGAGCAGCUGGCAGCAGGAGGAACGAGCAAGUUAAUAAACAAUAAAGCCACUAAUCUUAA